AUGGCUUCUGAAGAUGUUGCCCAGGUCACCAGCGAGCCGCUGAAGAGUGAGGCUCCACCUGUAUACAGCAAGCAUGCCGCUCAGGACAUCAAGCCUAGCGAUGCGGAGGAGAAUCAUAACCCAGGAGCGGCAUCGGGUCAGUUGAAGCGCAAACUCAAGAGUCGACACCUACAAAUGAUCGCAAUUGGUGGAACUAUUGGCACAGGUCUCUUCAUUUCCAGUGGAACGGCUAUCGCAUACUCCGGCCCAGCGGGCGCCUUGAUCGCCUACAUGUUUGUCGGUUCAAUCGUCUAUUCGGUCAUGACCUCCCUCGGGGAAGUCGCAACCUAUAUCCCUAUUUCCGGUGCCUUUACCUCCUAUGCCGCUCGAUUGAUCGACCCCAGCCUCGGUUUCUCCAUGGGGUGGAUCUAUUGGUUUAAUUGGGCUUCAACAUUUGCCGUCGAGUUGACUGCCACGGGAACAAUCAUUCAAUACUGGGAUCCGAGCUUGAACAUCGCUAUCUUUGUUGGUGUGUUUUGGGUCUUCAUUACAGCUUUGAACUUCUUGCCGGUUAACUUCUACGGCGAGUUGGAGUUUUGGUUCUCGAGCAUCAAGGUGAUGACCGUCAUUGGGUUCAUGAUCUUCGCAAUCUGUAUCGAUGUCGGCGUCGGCGAGGAGGGCUAUCUCGGGUUCCGUUAUUGGGAAAAUCCCGGAGCCUUUAAUACCCACAUCAUUCACCAGCCAGAGUCGGUGGGCAAGUUCAUUGGAUUCUGGGCAGUUCUGAUCCAGGCCGGUUUCUCCUACCAGGGGACGGAGCUUGUGGGUGUGGCAGCUGGUGAGACCGAGAAUCCCCAAAAGACCGUGCCCUCGGCUAUUCGAAAGACGUUCGUCAGAAUUCUGUUGUUCUUUGUCUUGACAAUCUUCUUCAUCGGACUGGUCGUUCCCUACACCAACGACAGACUCACCACCGGCAACACCAACGCUUCGUCGUCGCCCAUGGUCAUUGCGGCUGAUCUCGCCGGAGUGAAAAUUCUCCCUAGCCUGAUAAACGCGGUGCUUCUAACCGUGGUGCUUUCGGCGGCAAACUCCAACGUAUACAGCGGCAGCCGUAUCUUGACCGGCUUGGCGCAAGAGGGAUUUGCCCCCAAGAUCUUUGCCCGAACCACCGAGGGUGGCGUGCCCUACGUCAGUGUCUGUUUCACCGCGCUUUUUGGUCUCCUGGGUUUCAUGAACGUGUCCAACAGCGCGGGACAGGUGUUCAACUGGCUGGUCAACUUGUCGAGUGUAGCCGGGUUUGUGACUUGGUCCUCCAUUAACGCCUGCCACAUCGCGUUUAUGCGCGCGCUGGCUGCGCGUGGGGUUUCUCGCGAUACACUCCCCUACAAGGCCAUCUUGCAGCCGUACUUGGCUUGGUACGGUCUUUUCUUCAACAUUCUUAUUGCUUUGACGCAGGGUUUCACGUCUUUCAUCCCCACAUUUAACGUGACGGACUUCUUCUUCGCGUACAUAUGUCCCAUCGUGUUCGUUCUGCUUUAUGUCGCGCACAAGCUGAUCACGCGGGCGCCAUUUGUUCGCUCUUCCGAGGCCGACCUUGAUACUGGCCGGCUUCACUAUGAGAAGGAAACUGGUCCCCCUAAGAAGUGGUACUGGCAGGUAUGGGGCUGGAUCGCCAAGUAA